AAAAAUCCAAGUCAGAUAUUGCCCAGAAUCUAUGCUCAAAAACUUAAGCAACUAAUAUUGUCCGAUACGCCACAUCAUUUUUUAUGGAAGUACUUUCAAAACAAAAUGAAUCCUGGUGAUGUCUACUUUAAUAAUUUAAAAGAGUUGGAGAUUCGGUAUUAUUUAAGAAAUGGUUACAGCAAAACAUAUGUUUUACCAGACAGUUGGAGAUACAAGUUAAACAGUGGAGACAAAUACAAGGUACAUUUCCCCAGUCUCAAAAAAUUAAACAUUACUGAUAGGCCACCAGACGCUGACAUAUCAUUUGCCGAUAACUAUCCUAAGCAUAUUGAAAGAUUUGAAAUUGAUGGCACAUUUUUUGCCGAGAAAUCAUUUGAUAACUCCAAUAUCAAGUCGGUUGGAAACCUAAUAAUGUGGUAUUAUAUGGCAGAUGAGUCAAUGGAAUGAGUUUUACUGUGCUGCAAGCUAUUUGUUUGGCCAAAUUAAUAUUACUGACUGUACUUCCCUUCACUUACCAAGCAAAGCACAGAUUUUAAAUUUAAAUUUGAUUAGUUGGCCAAACUUGAAAAUGCUAAGGUCUUCAAGAUCUGGAAGAGGCAACAGAUGUAUAAUUUUGUUAUAAUCAAUUAUUCUCAGGUUCAAAUAGUUCAAGCUCACAUGCGAUACACAAAAUGUAUAUUAAAGUAACGACGUGGUUAAACCCUUGAAGACAGGAUUAGAAAUAUGUUUAUAGAAAAAAGUAGAACUAUUCUUGUAGAAAAUAUCAUGCUAUGUAUCAAGCAAUUGAUGGUACAAGUGGAGUCGCUGCGUAAAUUUGGUAUGUAUGAACCAGUAAUUAAGGAGCUGAUAGAGUUUGUCAAUAAUAAUAGUAAAAAGUACCCUCACUUAAAAUACAUUAUAAUUUACUCCAAGAUGAACGAGAUUAAAUCCAAG